UUUGACAGGCUGCAGGAGGGCCGCCCCCUCUGCGCCUGAAAAAAACUCCUCCAGAAGUGAGUAUCAAUCAGCGAGAAGUUAGGGGGGACAGAAAGAGAAAAAGAAAGACGCGGAGUGGAAGGACGGAGAGACGCGCAAAGCGGCAGACCGCAUCCAAACUGUCAAUCCUCCCGGACUCGAGCUCACGCGCAGCCAGGAUGGCACAGUCUGCCCCCAAAAGUUUGACGCGGCGUUUGUAGUCACAGUUGGGAUUACUUUGGACACUUGGUGAGUUUGCGCCCCGCUGUAAACACUGACGUGUGCAUAUUUUUCACUGUUUUGCUUCACUGCGUUGGACGGACGGAGUGGGUUUUUCGCCGCGUCCCCCCCUUCGGGUGGAUUUGAGAGAAAUGAGUGAAAGGAGGCGAUCUGCCGCAGCUCUGAGCUCGAGAGCCCACGCUUUUUCCGUGGAAGCCCUGAUCGGCUCCAACAAGAAGAGGAAGCUGCGGGGCUGGGAGGAGAAGGAGCUGGAGUUGUCCAUGGAGAGCCUCGCCACGGACGGAGAGGACCCGGCGCACUGUCUGGAUAUGGACCCGGACUCGGAGGCGAGUCCCGGCUCGGACGGAGAAGGUCUGGCCGAGAGGACGUCGUGUUCCUUCGGCUCACCUGCCGAGCUGGCCCCGGUGCCCUGUGAACCGUCGCCCCCGGCAUCCAUGGAGGAGAUCCAGGUGGAGCUGCAGUGCGCAGACCUGUGGAAGCGCUUCCAUGACAUCGGCACGGAGAUGAUCAUCACUAAGGCCGGCAGGAGGAUGUUUCCUGCCAUGCGAGUGAAGAUCGCCGGUCUGGACCCCCAUCAGCAGUAUUACAUCGCCAUGGACAUCGUGCCUGUGGACAAUAAGAGAUACAGGUAUGUUUACCACAGCUCCAAGUGGAUGGUGGCGGGAAACGCAGACUCCCCGGUGCCUCCGCGGGCUUACAUCCACCCGGACUCUCUGGCCUCAGGAGACACCUGGAUGAGGCAGGUGGUCAGUUUCGACAAGCUCAAACUCACCAACAACGAGCUGGACGACCAGGGACACAUCAUCCUGCACUCCAUGCACAAGUAUCAGCCUCGUGUUCACGUCAUCAGGAAGGACUUCAGCAGCGAACUGUCUCAAAACAAGCCGGUGCCCAGCGGGGAGGGAGUCAAGACCUUCAGCUUCCCUGAGACCGUCUUCACCACCGUCACUGCCUACCAGAACCAACAGAUCACCAGACUAAAGAUCGACCGCAACCCGUUCGCCAAAGGAUUCAGGGACUCUGGCAGAAACAGGACUGGCCUGGAGGCGAUCAUGGAGACCUACGCUUUCUGGAGACCUCCUGUGAGGACCCUCACGUUUGAAGACUUCACCAAUAUGCAGAAACAGCAAGGUGGAAGCACAGGAACUUCUCCCACCACCUCCAGCACAGGAACCCCCUCCCCCUCCGGUGCAGCUCACCUCCUGUCUCCCUCCUGCUCCCCUCCGACCUUCCACCUCGCCCCCAACACCUUCAAUGUGGGCUGCAGGGAAAGCCAGCUCUGCAACCUGGGCCUGUCCGAGUACCCGGCCUGCGCUCGCAGCAACAUGGCGGCCCUGCAGGGCUAUGGCGGCCUGGCCGACAGCUCCUAUGGACGCCUCCAGGCUGCAGGGGGCGCUGUGGCCUCCGCUCAGCCCUCUGAAUCCUUCCUGCCACAGAGGACUUCCUCCUUGAUCGCUGCCGGCAUGCAGGGCAGCGCUCACGCCUCCCUGAGCGGCAGCGGUAGUGGCAGCGGCACAGGAGGCAAGAUGGAUGCCUACGGCGGUCAGCUCGGCUCCUUCCCGGCCUCGCAGCUUCAGUAUGUGAUGCAGGCAGGAGGUAGCUCCAGCUCUGCCUCCUCCUCAACGUCCGGAUCCUCCUCGUCCUCCGCCCACAUGUUCAGCGGGAGCCACCACCACGUGCAGCAGGGCUCCUACAACGCUUUCUCCCUGCACAACCCCUACAACCUGUACGGAUACAACUUCCCCACCUCUCCUCGCCUGGCCGCCAGCCCCGAGAAGCCACAGGGAGGUCUGCUGUGCUCCUCGUCUCCAGCCGGGGCAUUCGCGGAGCGCCAGUACCUGUCCAACGGAAGCAUGGACACUAUGCACAUGAUCGGCAACACCAGCGGAGGCCAGCAGGGCAGCAGCUCCUGCGACGGACGUCAGUACGGCUCCUCCUCUCAGAUGUCCAUGCACAUGGUGUAGAAACUGGGAGUCCUCCGUGUUUCUGAAGUCUUUUAGCUGAAAAGUGAAUCUCUAAUCUAUGAACCCGGUUUGGUUUUCACGUUGAACCGGCGUUUUUACAAAAAGCGUUAAUGUACCAAGGUACAAAACAAACCUUUCAGAAAAGGACAUCCUUGUUUUUAAAGACACUCCACCACAUACGAAGCAUUAUAGAGGGAGUCAAAACUAUUAUUUAAUUAUCUUUGUAUUAAUGAAGUGAAAAUCGGGACUCUCUUACUGUUUCUGAUAGGAAACAAAUGACAGAUUGUAAAAAGAAGGAGAGGCAGGAGCACACACGCUCUGGCUCAGAAGGGAAUAUCAGUUGUGAAUCUGUUAUGGUGCAAUAGUAGCAACAAGUGACUCAUUCUUGAUUUAUUUUUUGGGACUCAAAGGCCAUGCAGCCAUGACAUCAUGCAACCAAAGAAUCUUCACUGUGAUCCAGAAGUUUUUACUUCAUGCAGCACUUGCGCCGAUUCAGAGACAUCGAGGGGUCAGUGGUUCGCCAUCACGGUCUGAAGUUUUGGCUGGAAUGAAAGGGACAACUGGACAAGAUCACUGAACGACUCGCGGCUCCGCAGACACGCAGGAGACGAAGUAUUUGGACUCUGUGGGGUGAACACAAUACAAAGAACUGCAGGUCGGGUUCACUGAAGAACUCUGUCUUCAUCCUGAAAACUCGCAGCAGGCUCGUACGUGAGAGUUCAGGAUCCACCACAAAUCAACCCGUUAUCCUCACAGACUGGAAUGGCUUCACUAUUUUUGAUGAGUGGAUUAUGUUUUUUAGCAUAUAUAUAAGAUGGCGAAUGCAAUCUAUAACAUAAGCUUAAAAGUUGUUGUGUGAAAAGUUAUAAAAGAAGCAAUAGCAAGACAGAGUAAUUAAAGUAUGUUUUGGUGUGUUGUAGAGAUGUGUAUUUAAGUGCUGAGCAGUAUAACAGUUUUACAGGCCAAUCUGUUCAAAAAAAUGUGUGAAAAAUGGGAAGUAAUUCUUUUUUGAGGCAUUUUGAAAAAAUGUAAAU